AUGGAUUCCAAGUUCACAAUCGAAGUAAAUCAUACAGGUUCUUUUGUCCCCAAACCGAUUGUGUAUUUCAAUCCAGUAAAAAUGGUUGUUAGCAAUGUCGAUUUCAGAAGCAUGAGUUUCAUGGAGUUCAUCUCGUAUGUGAAGAACUUGGUCAAGGAUGGAACAAUCAAUGUGUACUAUUGUCUUCCACAACGUUCACUGAGAGAUGGGUUAAGAGUCUUGGAAGAUGAAAAUGAUUAUGUUCGUUUCCUUGAUGUUGGGUAUGAGAAUGGGGGUAUGAUCAAUUUGUACAUUGAUCACAGUCAAUAUCCAGUUAUGGAGUGGAUUGAAGAAGAGAUAGCUGAAGAUGGAUCAGUAGAUGGUAAUACGGAUGAUGAUGAUGAUGUAGACUCUGAGCUUUCAGAUGAUGAGUUCGUGGAGCAUGAGGCUGAUGAUGAAGUGAUACAACUACAGCCAUUUGAUGAUCCUUUCAUUAGAAGAAAAUUUUUCAAGUCUCCAAGAAUUGUGGAUGAUGAGAAAGAUGAUAAGAAAGAUGUCAAGAAAAAUCUUCAUAAGUAUCCAGUUCAUGAUCCUAACCAAAAAUGGGAUACAAUGUCUCCAAUCUUAGGUAUGAAAUUAUGUGAUCGUUAUGAACUUAAGCAUUUGUUAAGUAAUUAUGCUGUUGCUAAUGGGUAUAAACUGUGGUAUGAAAAAAAUGAUUCAACAAGAUUAUUAGUUAGAUGUUGCAAAGGUGAAGAGAAGUCUAAAUGCCCUUUUAGGUUGUGGGCAACUUGGAUGAGUAAAGAAAGAUCAUUUCAGAUUAAGUCCUUAAUCUCUGAACAUAAUUGUAGUAGGGCCUUAAAUUUAGGUUUAAUGGUCACAUAUAGUUGGAUUGGAAAACAGUUAAUAGAAACCAUAAUAGAUAAUCCAAGAAUUAGUUACAGGAAAAUGGCAGCAGCAGUCCUUAGAGAUUUUAAUCUAAAAGUUAGUUUUGGAUAG